UGGAUACUUGCAGGCACUGUGAAACUGACUUUGAAGCACCACCAGUACAACUACCCUGCCAACAUGACAUCUGCCUACGAUGUUUCAAUGAUAUCCAAGCUACAAGGGAUUUGCGUUGUCCUAUUUGUAAUAAUACAUUCUCAAAGAGAUUUCAACCUGGCAGUGGCCAAUCACAGCAAAAGGAAGUCUUCAAAGAAUACCAAGAGUAUCUGAAGUGCUGCAACAGCUUUCUCAUGUCUGUGGUGUCCAAGCUGUGUUUUGGUGGAACUGAGCCUCCAGAGAGUGAUGUCAUAAAGAGAAUUUUCAGCUACAUCACUCGCACUGUUGAGCGGUCUAAUCAAGCUGGGGAAAGGAUGUACACCAAGCAGAUGUCUGUGUUUGAUGACAUGAUUGAUCCCACACCUGUAGUCAGAUCCUUUCUUCUUCAACUUCUCAUACACAAGAGUGAAGAGAUGGUACAAAUGUACCUGCAAGAUUUUUUCUGCCAUGCUACAGGACUGUGUCGUCAAGGAAGAGAGGAGACAGACCAGGAUACUAUAGAUAAAAUUGUGCAGUUCAGUCUUCUUGUCAUACACUGCUUUGAGGACUUGUACCAUGAGCAAGGGUCCCAGACAAUUAGACCAUCAGAAGAGAUGAGUGCUGCUUGUUCCCACCUGUCGGAUGGGAGAACCUACAUUCUGUCAUCAGGCUUGGAUAUGGCUAAGAUGUUUAACAUUGCUCAGUGUAGAUAUGGUCUAUCAGUGACAGCCAAAUAUCUGCAUGCAAUGUUUGUUGCAAGACACAAGAAAACUUCAACAGGGAAUUUCAACAAACUGUUGGAAAGGACAUCACAGCUGCUGAGUGUCCAAGACACAGAAUGGCCUAAGAAGUUCUUGGUGAAGCAGAUAUGUCGGGAAUUCGGGACCGACAGCUACCAUGCUAUCUGUGAUACUGGCAAGGUGCCAUGGUUGGCACUGGAUGUUACAGAUCAGGUAAAGGAGUGCCCUGAUCGAUAUGUUGUCUGUCUUGAAUACCAAAAGAUAAGAGAAACUUUGGCAAGGACUCUUCUUGGUGAAGACAUCAAGCACCUGAAACAACUAGUUAAGGACAACGAGAUGUUGUUCCUCCUGGCCAUACACAGGGAGGUGACCAUGAGGAACAUCAACCCUCAAACACAGGAACAAUCUGUGGAAGGCAUUACAACAUUUAUUGAAACAACAAAAGAAAAGGUUACUCAAAAGGACAUAGCCAUGAGGUUGCUGAGAAAUCAGCUUGGUGGUCCAGGAUCCUGUUUGACUGUUCGACGAGGUCACAACAUGAGAGACCAGAGUGUGAUGUGUCUUCUAGUCCAUGCAUAUGUCACUCUAACUCACUUCAACAAGGUGACAAACUUCAUCAAACCUCUCACAGACCUCAUUCUGGCACCACACAAAAUGAGGAACAUGUUCCUUCCCACAAUGCCACAGGAUGACAUAGAUGCCAUCAGACAAAGUCUGACAAGAGAAGGAACCAUUGUGUUCUACCAAUGUCAAAAUGGACACCCAUAUGCUAUUGGAGAGUGUGGUAGACCUUAUACUGAAGCAACCUGCAACAUCUGUAAAACCAAGAUUGGUGGACAAUCUCACCAAGCAGCAGCUGGAAAUACACAGGUUACUGGUGACCAGACCCGUCCUGGUCAUGUUCUUGGAAGAGCAGCAGACAGAACCAAUGCCUAUGCAGGUGAACGCAGACUGGGAGGAGCUGCCUGUGCUGUACUGCGUUUCUUCACUCAUGCUGCAUUACUUCUGGGAGCAGAGACCAGCCAACCGGCCACAGCAGCUCUAGUCUAUCCCCCGCUACAGCAGGAUGUCAGACAGUUUUUCUUGGAACACCUCCAGAAGGACCUUCAGAUUAUCCACAUGGCCACAGGAAAGAGUGUAGAUGAUGUCUUCCUCCUCCUACACUUCAUCUGCCAUCAGAUUUCUCAAUCAGACGCAUACAGACGAAUGGAGCCACAAGCACUGGACAACAAGCAGAUCAGAGAAACCUGGGAGGAACAGUUUGCAAAAUCUUUCAUUGGCCCAGUGUUACAGGAUCUUGACAACUGCCUGAAUACAUGCAAUGAGAGAAUCAUGAAAGACAAGAGAAUAGGUCAGGACAAGUUGAUGUCUAUUCUGUAUGAGGUAGACACAUCCACACCCAAGGAAGUUGAAUGUCUCCACGAGUUCCCAGCUGUCUGGAGGUACCGGUCACGUAUCACACUGGAGCAUUUCCUGAGAGAGUUUCAUCUGAAAGUAGAGAACAUCAAGGGCAAGAAAUCCAAGAUGGAAGUUCUCAGCCUUUUCAGACAACAGCAUCCGUUCCUACAAGCACUACAUCGCAUCCCAAAUAUUCUACGGCUGCAACAGUUCCUUAUGGCAAAAUACAGGCGGCCCCUUGAUAGAGUGGAGGCAAAAAAUAUGACCAUUGCUGAUGCUGCUGAAGACGGAAACAACUCUAUUGAUGUGUUGGAAAAUCUCUCAGAUUUCAUAGCAGCCUGGGAAUGUGUCAAGGAAGGACUUCACAGUUACGGAUGCUGGACGGUCCAUGAUGGUCUGAUACACCUGCCUGAUGCCUACAAGAACAUGAGGAUUGAUGAGAACUCUCCCCUGGCCGUUCUUCUGCCGUCCACUCAGGGGCCUGGCAUCUGCUCCUACAUGAUGCUGGAGUUCCUGUUCAGGAAGCAUAAUGAAUUCAUGGAGAGUUACUGUAACAAGACAAAACAAAAGUAUGAGCGCCUGCCUGAGGUCAGCAUGAGGAAACUUCACAGCAACCACCUGGUCAGCUACCACCCUGACCGUGACCUGCUGCCCCUUGUUCUGGCCAACUGUAACUACUCCUUUGAGCUGGGGAAAGGUACCACCAUUGAGUAUGACUUUGAAGGAUUUGAGUAUCAGCUCAAAGAAGUCAUACUACAGGCCAAGUCCAGAGUGGAGCAGAAGUCGCAUGUCAUACCAAUUGACACAAUGGUGUACAGAGCUGACACAACCAAUUCUGUUGUCUUCAAGAUACUGCGAGACAGAAUAGAUCAGGAAUCUCUCUCACCAGCAGUGAAGCUCCAAAUUGUGUCUGAACUAAAGUCCAGCCUGCCAGAUGUCUGUGACUCUAUCAACAACUUGGACAUCACCACCAGCUUCCUCAAGUCUUUGGGAGGAGAACCAGACAAGCCACUGCAGACUUUCAUGACAGAUGUGCUCAAAAUGAAACAGACAAUAACUAGCCAGAAGGCAAGACAGUUUUGCAGAUUCAAGCAUAUACAGUCAUUGUGGCUGCUGCUCAGUUUUGAGAAAUCCGUUAUCUUAGCUCAACAUGGACAGGAUGCCUUUGAUGAUUUUGACAAUGAACUGAAAGAAGGUCUCCCUGAUGAUGCCAGAGCUGAACUUAAACAGUUUUGUCAGAACAAGAACCUAGAAAAGCUGGAGUACCUUCUGCAGCAAAUGUUUGACUGCUUUCUGCUGAGAGUAGCUCAACCAGUUGACCCAAAUGAUCAGGAUGCCAUAGACCUGAAGAGCAUUAGCCUGCGAGACAUCCUGCAAGGGGACAGAGAUGCUCCACUGUACAGUAAGGAACCUGAUGAAACACUGACCGAUGAAGAUAUCUUCUCCUUCCCAGCAGUCAUCCUGGGGGAAGCACAUCCCCGACACCUGGCUAUCAGUCCUCCGGGAACUUGAAAAACGCAGGAAGGAGUUUCAAUAGUGCCUCAACAUACGUCAAUAUUGGAUUGUCAAACAUGAACUUAUAUGGUGUAUAUUUAUGAAUGUGCCAAUCUUCUGGAAAGUCAACCAGCAUUGUUAGACUUUCAACAGUGCCUCAGCAUCUGUCAUUGUCAAACUGCUUGGGUUGAAGUUGUGUUUUUUGAAGGCGUUGUUUAGUCAAGUGUACACUUGAUAUUAUGGACUUAAAAUACUUCUGGACAUAACUAU